AUGCUGCUCGUCCGUGCGUGUCGCUCCCGUCGCUUGCCACUGAGCGCUCGCUCGCUCUCGACCGUCGCCAAGCGCGUCGUAGUCGUCGACGGCAUUCGCCUCCCGUUCGCCAAGUCCGGGACCGUCUACAAGGACGUGAUUGCGUACGACAUGAUGCGCGAGGCUUUCAAAGGCCUUUUGACCAAGACAGCAAUGGACCCUACCGCGAUUGAUUACGUCAUCGCUGGCACCGUCAUCCAAGAGGUUGGCACGUCCAACAUCGCACGGGAAGCAGCGCUAGGGGCCGGUGUUCCCAAGCACGUGCCGGCCCACACAGUCACGCAGGCGUGUAUCUCGUCGAGUCAAGCGAUUUGUUCCGGGGCAGAGAAGAUUCUGGCAGGCCACGCAGACGUGGUGCUGGCCGGCGGCGUCGAGACGUUUUCUGACGUGCCGAUUCGCUGUUCCAAGCCGAUUCGAGAGCGGCUGAUUAACGCGCCCAAGGCCCUGAAAAAGGGACCCCUGGCCGUCUUGAAGCUCUUGCAGGGCCUGACACUCGCGGACUUUGCACCGGUGGCGCCUGCGAUCCAGAACUUUCACACGCGCGAGAUCAUGGGAUCGUCCAGUGAUCGUCUUGCGACGCGCUUUGGCGUGACGAGGCAAGAGAUGGACGAGUAUACGAUGGAAGCACAUGGAAAAGCGUAUCGAGCGCAUGUCGAGGGCAAGUACAAGGGCGAGAUUUGGCCGUACAAGGGAAGCACGGAGGAAAAUGGCGUGAACCCGAACUCGACGCUGGACAAGAUUGCGGCGUUGAAGCCGGCGUUUAUCAAGCCGCACGGGACUCAUACAGCUGCCAAUUCAUCGUUUUUGACGGACGGAGCGGCGGCGACGUUGAUUAUGUCGGAGAACAAGGCGCUUGAGCUGGGCUAUCGUCCAAAAGCAGUGCUGAAAGACUGGCUGUUUGUGGGAGUGGACCCGUUUGACAGCUUGUUGCUGGGUCCCGCGUACGGGAUCCGGCAAGUCCUGGCUCAGAAUCAGCUGAAGCUGAGUGACGUGGACUUUUUUGAGAUCCAUGAAGCGUUUGCAGGCCAGGUGUUGGCGAAUUUGAAUGCGUUGGCGGAACCCAAGUACUGCAAGGAGCUCUUUGGAAUCGAUGAGGCGGUCGGACGCGUGCCGAUGGAGAAGCUCAACACUUGGGGUGGCUCGCUGUCGCUUGGUCACCCGUUUGGGGCUACUGGCAGUCGAUUAGUGAACACGGCGUCGAACAAGUUGCAGAAGGAGGGCGGCAAGUAUGCACUGCUUGCGGCGUGUGCCGACAGCGGUUUAGCUUACGUCGGUCUGAUUGAGAACUACGAGAGCUAA